UCAGCUCCUCAGAGCGCCGGCGGCGGCCUCGGCGGAGUCGGUGUCGGCGGCCGGGGCUGAGCUGUGAGUUUCCGAUCGAGAACAGCGUUGGGGAAGAUGGCGGCUAGCGGAUCAAAAGAUUUGCUGAACAGUGGACUCCGAGAUCGGUAAAACGAAGCUCCUCCCCGCCCUUACUGAGCAGGCCAUCAGCUGCUGAUCUGUGAUCAGGAUGAGUGGACUAGGUGAAAGCUCCUUGGAUCCACUGGCCACUGAGUCUCGGAAGCGCAAACUGCCUUGUGAUGCCCCAGGACAAGGGCUUGUCUACAGUGGUGAGAAGUGGCGACGGGAGCAGGAGAGCAAGUACAUAGAGGAGCUGGCCGAGCUCAUCUCUGCAAAUCUCAGCGACAUCGACAACUUCAACGUCAAGCCAGAUAAAUGUGCCAUCCUAAAGGAGACAGUGAGACAGAUACGGCAAAUAAAAGAACAAGGAAAAACUAUUUCCAGUGAUGAUGAUGUUCAAAAAGCUGAUGUGUCUUCUACAGGACAGGGAGUCAUUGAUAAAGACUCUUUAGGACCGCUUUUACUGCAGGCACUGGAUGGUUUCCUGUUUGUGGUGAAUCGAGAUGGAAACAUUGUAUUUGUGUCAGAAAAUGUCACACAGUAUCUGCAGUACAAGCAGGAGGACCUGGUUAACACAAGUGUCUACAGCAUCUUACAUGAGCAAGACCGGAAGGAUUUCCUUAAACACUUACCGAAAUCCACAGUUAAUGGAGUUUCUUGGACUAAUGAGAACCAGAGACAAAAAAGCCAUACAUUUAAUUGUCGUAUGUUGAUGAAAACACAUGACAUUUUGGAAGACGUGAAUGCCAGUCCCGAAACACGCCAGAGAUAUGAAACAAUGCAGUGCUUUGCCCUGUCUCAGCCUCGCGCUAUGCUGGAAGAAGGGGAAGACUUGCAGUGCUGUAUGAUCUGCGUGGCUCGCCGCGUGACUGCGCCAUUCCCAUCCAGUCCUGAGAGCUUUAUUACCAGACAUGACCUUUCUGGAAAGGUUGUCAAUAUAGAUACAAACUCACUUAGAUCUUCCAUGAGGCCUGGCUUUGAAGACACAAUCCGAAGAUGUAUCCAGAGGUUCUUCAGUCUGAAUGAUGGGCAGUCAUGGUCUCAGAAGCGUCACUAUCAAGAAGCUUAUGUUCACGGCCACGCAGAGACCCCCGUGUAUCGUUUCUCCUUGGCCGAUGGAACUAUUGUGAGUGCGCAGACAAAAAGCAAACUCUUCCGCAAUCCUGUAACGAAUGAUCGUCACGGCUUCGUCUCGACCCACUUUCUUCAGAGAGAACAGAACGGAUACAGACCAAACCCAAAUCCCGCAGGACAAGGCAUCCGACCUCCUGCAGCAGGGUGUGGCGUGAACAUGUCUCCGAAUCAGAAUGUACAGAUGAUGGGCAGCCGGACCUAUGGCAUGGCAGACCCCAGCAACACAGGGCAGAUGGGUGGAGCUAGGUACGGGGCUUCUAGUAGCGUAGCCUCACUGACGCCAGGACAAAGCCUACAGUCGCCAUCUUCCUAUCAGAACAACAGCUAUGGGCUCAGCAUGAGCAGUCCCCCACACGGCAGUCCUGGUCUCGGCCCCAACCAGCAGAACAUCAUGAUUUCUCCCCGGAAUCGUGGGAGCCCAAAGAUGGCCUCUCACCAGUUCUCCCCUGCUGCAGGUGCACAUUCUCCCAUGGGACCUUCCGGCAACACAGGGAGCCACAGCUUUUCCAGCAGUUCCCUCAGUGCCUUGCAAGCCAUCAGUGAAGGCGUGGGGACCUCUCUUUUAUCUACUCUGUCCUCACCAGGCCCCAAACUGGAUAACUCUCCCAAUAUGAAUAUAAGUCAACCAAGUAAAGUGAGCGGUCAGGACUCUAAGAGCCCCCUAGGCUUAUACUGUGAACAGAACCCAGUGGAGAGUUCGGUGUGUCAGUCAAACAGCAGAGAUCACCCCAGCGACAAAGAAAGCAAGGAGAGCAGUGGGGAGGUGUCAGAGACGCCCAGGGGACCCCUUGAAAGCAAAGGCCACAAGAAACUGCUGCAGCUACUCACAUGCUCCUCUGACGACAGAGGCCAUUCCUCCUUGACCAACUCUCCCCUGGAUCCAAACUGCAAAGACUCUUCCGUUAGUGUCACCAGCCCCUCUGGAGUGUCCUCCUCAACAUCAGGGACAGUGUCUUCCACCUCCAAUGUGCAUGGGUCUCUGUUGCAAGAGAAACACCGGAUUUUGCAUAAGUUGCUGCAGAAUGGCAACUCUCCAGCGGAGGUCGCCAAGAUCACUGCAGAGGCCACUGGGAAGGACACUAGCAGCACUGCUUCCUGUGGGGAAGGGACCGUCAGGCAGGAGCAGCUGAGUCCUAAGAAGAAGGAGAAUAAUGCCCUUCUCAGAUACCUGCUGGACAGGGAUGACCCCAGUGAUGUGCUUGCCAAAGAGCUGCAGCCCCAGGCGGACGGUGGGGACAGUAAACUGAGUCAAUGCAGCUGCUCCACCAAUCCCAGCUCCGGCCAAGAGAAAGACCCCAAAAUUAAGACAGAGACGAGUGAGGAGGUACCGGGAGACCUGGAUAAUCUAGAUGCCAUUCUUGGAGAUUUGACUAGCUCCGACUUCUACAACAAUCCUACAAAUGGCAGUCACCCAGGGGCCAAACAGCAGAUGUUUGCAGGACCAACUUCUCUGGGUCUGCGAAGUCCACAGCCUGUGCAGUCUGUUCGUCCUCCAUACAACCGAGCAGUGUCUCUAGAUAGCCCCGUGUCUCUUGGCUCGGGUCCACCAGUGAAGAAUGUCAGUGCUUCUUUCCCUGGGCUAUCAAGACAGCCCAUACUGGCUGGGAAUCCAAGAAUGAUGGAUAGUCAGGAGAAUUAUGGUGCCAAUAUGGGUGGACCAAACAGAAACGUUCCUGUGAAUCCGACUUCUUCCUCAGGAGACUGGGGCUUAGCUAACUCAAGGGCCAGCAGAAUGGAACCUCUGGCGUCAAGUCCCCUGGGAAGGACUGGAGCAGAUUACAGUGCCGCUUUACCCAGACCUGCCAUGGGUGGCUCUGUGCCUACCUUGCCACUUCGUUCUAAUCGACUGCCAGGCGCAAGACUAACGUUGCAGCAGCAGCAGCAGCAGCAACAACAACAACAGCAGCAGCAGCAGCAGCAGCAGCAGCAACAGCAGCAGCAGCAGCAACAGAUGCUUCAGAUGAGGACUGGUGAGAUUCCCAUGGGAAUGGGGGUCAAUCCCUAUAGCCCAGCAGUGCCGUCUAACCAACCAGGUUCCUGGCCAGAGGGCAUGCUGUCUAUGGAACAAGGUCCUCACGGGUCUCAAAAUAGGCCUCUUCUUAGAAACUCUCUGGAUGAUCUCCUUGGGCCGCCCUCUAAUGCAGAGGGUCAGAGUGAUGAGAGAGCUCUGCUGGACCAGCUGCACACACUCCUGAGCAACACAGAUGCCACGGGUCUGGAGGAGAUCGACAGGGCCUUGGGAAUCCCUGAGCUUGUGAAUCAGGGACAAGCUUUGGAGUCCAAACAGGAUGUUUUCCAAGGCCAAGAGGCAGCAAUAAUGAUGGAUCAGAAGGCUGCACUAUAUGGACAGACGUACCCAGCUCAGGGUCCUCCACUUCAAGGAGGCUUUAACCUUCAGGGACAGUCAACGUCGUUUAACUCUAUGAUGGGUCAGAUUAGCCAACAAGGCAGCUUUCCUCUGCAAGGCGUGCAUCCUAGAGCCGGCCUCGUGAGACCAAGGACAAACACCCCGAAGCAGCUGAGAAUGCAGCUUCAGCAGAGGCUGCAGGGCCAGCAGUUUUUAAACCAGGGCCGGCAGGCACUUGAAAUGAAAAUGGAGACCCCCACUGGCACUGCUGUGAUGAGGCCCAUGAUGCCCCAGCAGGCUUUCUUUAAUGCCCAAAUGGCUGCCCAGCAGAAACGAGAGCUGAUGAGCCAUCACCUGCAGCAGCAGAGGAUGGCGAUGAUGAUGUCACAGCCCCAGCCUCAGGCCUUCAGCCCACCUCCCAACGUCACUGCUUCCCCCAGUAUGGACGGGGUUUUGGCAGGCUCAGCGAUGCCACAAGCCCCUCCACAACAGUUUCCAUAUCCAGCAAAUUACGGAAUGGGACAACCACCAGAGCCAGCCUUUGGUCGAGGCUCUAGUCCUCCCAGUGCAAUGAUGUCAUCAAGAAUGGGGCCUUCCCAGAAUUCCAUGGUGCAGCAUCCUCAGACCGCACCCAUGUAUCAGUCCUCAGAUAUGAAGGGGUGGUCGUCAGGGAACCUGGCCAGGAAUGGCUCUUUCCCCCAGCAGCAGUUUGCUCCCCAGGGGAACCCUGCAGCAUAUAACAUGGUGCACAUGAACAGCAGCGGUGGUCACUUGGGACAGAUGGCCAUGACCCCCAUGCCCAUGUCUGGCAUGCCCAUGGGCCCUGAUCAGAAAUACUGCUGACAUCUCCCUAGUGGGACUGUACAGAUGACACUGCACAGGAUCAUCAGGAAGUGGCGAGUCAUUGUCUAAGCAUCCGGCUUGGAAGCAAGGCCAGCGUGACCAGCAGUGGGUUCUGUGCUGUCAUUUGAGCAGGACUGGGUCUUGAGCUAAAGCACUGUCUACCUGAUGCCCUGCCUCUGUGGCAAGGUGUUCCGCCUCGUGAGGAUGUGAUUCUGGAGAUGGGGUGUUUAUAAGCACUGCUCUCUUACGUCACUCUCCUUCACUCCCCUUCUGCCUCGCCAGCCAAAGUCUUCACAUAGAUCUAGGUGGCUAGGGUUUCUGUCUUGCAGCACUGGACGAGGGGGCACAGUCUGCCUUCACGUGUGUCGUCAGCAAGUAGUUCCCUGUCGCUCUCCUGUCCAGUGCAAUCAGUGUUUCUGCGCUCUUGUCCUUUACAGGUGUAGUCCCCAGAGUCUGUUGUCCUAGGUCUCUCCUGGUGAGGUCUCCGUACCCUGUAAUUCUCAAGGAUUUGUCAUUGAUGUUAAAUGGCUUUGCAGAAGGGAAGAUGAGAUGGCAAUAUUGAAUUUUCCCGCCCCGAUGUGCAGCCAAGUGCACUUUACUGAGGAAGUCACGGAGAAAUGCAAUAUUCUUGAGGGCGUGAGGAAUGGUGAACUACAUUCCUGCUUUCUGUCUGCACUAAUCUGUUGUUAGGACAAGGACACGAUUGUCUUUUGUUUGUUUGUUGUUUCUUUCAAGUACUGGCGUCACCCUUUGCCUAUAUGGUGGAGCAAUAAUGCUUUGAAAUAAACUUGUGAAACCCAAGGCCAGGUACUGCACUCUGGAUCAGAAGCAAGCAGUGCUUCUGUGGACACACUUCCUCCCUUUUGUAAAUAUGAUCUUUAAGAUAUUGUAUUAUGUGAAAAUAUGUACAUACCUUUUUUGUAGGCCACAGCAGCUCAUUUUUAUAUGUGAAGCUAAAUAUUUAACAUUGUUGAUUUCUGUAAGCUCCACACAGUGAUGUUACAGGCAGCGGAGACAUCUGGAAGGCCCAGCCUGGGGCAGGGCAGCCUGCAGCUCCCCUCGUGUUAUAGGCCUCACUCUU